GCCUUCGGUCGUUACUCGAUGGCAUCAUGUCGAAAGUGCACGAGGCACCCAGUCAUCGAGUUUCUCUCAGGUAAAAGUUCAAAACGCUCUGGGAAUAAAGACCUCCUUCACCCCAGCACCUUCGCUUCUUUGUACAGCCCAUCGGAACAUGUUUCUGCCUCAAGAACAUCUACAUCAACUAAAUUCGCACAAGAUCAAUUCCUGAAGCCGUUGUUCCUAUUCCACCUGCAUAUCGCUUCUCCGGACCUGCCUCGCAUCGCCAUUGGAUCCUGCUUAUCAUCCCACGCCCAAAAGCAGACUCAUCCACUGACCUUAUCGGACGUCAGCCCUACCCCAGAUUCUAUAUUCGUUAUGCCCGGUCGACUGCUUUCGACCCUUGUCAGAGUGACGCCUACGCCAUUGGUUAAGUCGGAACAUCCCAAGGCACAUCAGCAAUCCCUAUUUCCGCCAGUCUACUCGCUCGCCCCACCAGUCAAAGAGAAGGCAAAAUCCCAAGAGUCUUUGGUCAUGGAUAUUUUCAGACGCCACAACCAGGACAAACAUGUCGAGAGCAAGAAGAGCCCCAAAGUGGAGGCUCAGAUGGCCGCCUCCAUGAAGAUGAACGUCGAGUCGCCACCCAUCGUCUUCUACAGCAGCCCGCAAACGUCAACCGGAGCUAUUUUCUCUGGUCAACUCGCCAUCGACGUUCACGAGCCAUACGUCACCAUCAACAAAUUCGAAAUGCGCUUGCUUGCCGUUAUUACAACGAAAAAGCCUGUGGCUCCACAUUGCCCAGACUGCACCACUCAAACCACUGACAUUCACACGUGGGAAUUUUUGACACAUCCUGCGUCUCUACGUCAUGGUCUGCAUAGCUACCCAUUCAGUCACUUGUUGCCGGGACAUUUGCCCGCCACUACACAUGGCAGUCUUGCAACACUAGACUACUAUCUAUCGGCUGUGGCUACAACCUCUACCGGCGAGAAGAUCACUUACAAAUGUGGCUUGGACGUCAAGCGUGCCAUCUUCCCUGGAAAUGAGAAACACUCCAUCCGCAUCUUCCCUCCUACGAACCUGACUGCCGCAGUGAAACUGCCACCGGUCAUCCACCCUAUCGGCGACUUCCCUAUUGAGAUGCGUCUAUCUGGUAUUGUCCAGAACAAAAACGACUCCCAGACUCGAUGGAGACUGCGAAAGCUUAACUGGCGCAUUGAGGAGACUCAGAAAUUCAUCUCACCAGCAUGCUCCAAGCAUGCCCAGAAAGUCGGGGGUGAGGGCAAAGGUGUCCUCCACGAAGACGUUCGUGCGAUUGCUAGUGAGGAGGUGAAGACCGGUUGGAAGACAGAUUUCGAGCGAGGCGAGAUUGACAUAGAAUUCAAUGCCGCCUGCAACGUCGCACUGAAACCUCUCUGCGACGUAGACAGCCAAAACGGCCUCAGUAUACGUCACAACCUGGUCAUCGAGAUGGUCGUUGCCGAAGAGUGGGCGCCACUAAAGAAGCUCAGCCAAGCAACACCGACCGGUGCAGCACGCGUUCUGCGAACGCAGUUCCAUCUCGUUCUCACUGAGCGCUCCGGAAUGGGCAUUGCGUGGGAUGAAGAGCAGCCCCCCGUCUAUGAGGACGUACCUGCUAGCCCGCCCACCUAUGUUAUGGAUUGCGAACCAAUCUCUGGAUCUUCCUCUCGCUCAUCCAGCUUCAGUCUUGCGUAAACCUGUACCAUUGUUUCUUUGCUCUUCUUCGAUUCCUUACAGAUCUUCUUCAGCAACCUAUUCGAUCGAGUUUCAUCGAGUGUUUUUGGCGGAAGGCGUAGGAUAUACCCAUUUGCUUUAUACCAGAAUCUUGCACGAGCAAUGUUCUAGGCGUUGUUUAUUGUUUUAUCACCAACCCUACGCAUGCAGCAAGGUGUUAUUGGUCUAGGGCGGUACUCCAUCCUGCAUUGCAGCGAUGUCGAUAGUCGUUUAGUUCAUCAUAAAAAGUCAUUCAGCAUUUCAGGUCAGAUAUCAGUAUAUAGUAAGC